AUGCUUGGUGAUAGUGAUUUUGAUGGUGAAUUUAGUGUUGAUUAUGGUGAUACAAGUGCUACUGGCAAGGGUGCAGGUGAAGUGUGUGAGAAUGUUGGUGAUGAGCUACAUGGUGAUGUUGGGGAGCCUUGUUUGUCAGAGGAGCUCAACAAGAGACUGAAGUUGUAUCGCCAAGAACUGGAGCAAGUGUCAAGAACAGAGUUAUCUUAUUACAGGGAUGAAUUUGUCCUUCAUUGUCAACAUCCUCUGGGAGCUUACAGCACCCCUCUGGGGACCUUACAGUACAUCCAGGAUGUUACAGGACCCUCUGGGGACCUUGCAGUACACCCAGGACAUUACAGGACCCCUGGGACCUUACAGCACCCCUCCGGGGACCUUACAGCACCCUGGGGACCUUACAGCACCUUUGGGGACCUUACAGCAUCCUCUGGGGAGCUUACAGCACCCUCUGGGGACCUUACAGUACAUCCAGGAUGUUACAGGACCUCUGGGGACCCAGUACACCCAGGACAUUACAGGACCCCCUGGACCUUGCACCCUCCGGGGACCUUACAGCACCUCUGGGGACCUUACAGCACCCUUUGGGGGAUUUACAGCAUCCUCUGGGAACUUACAGCACCCUCUGGGGACCUUACAGUACAUCCAGGAUGUUACAGGACCCUCUGGGACCUUGCAGUCACCCAGGACAUUACAGCACCCCUGGGAUCUUGCAGCACCCUCCGGGGACCUUACAGCACCCUCUGGGGAUUACAGUACACCCAGGACCUUACAGCACCCUUUGGGGACCUGACAGCACCCUUUGGGGACCUUACAGCACUCUUUGGGGACCUUACAGCACUCUUUGGGGACCUUACAGCACUCUUUGGGGACCUUACAGCACCCUCUGGGGACCUUAUAGCACUCUUUGGGGGACCUGACAGCACCCUCUGGGGACCUUACAGCACCCUCUGGGGACCUUACAGCACCCUUUGGGGGACCCACAGCAUCCUCUGGGAGCUUACAGCACCCUCUGGGGCACCAUACACAUCCAGGAUGUUACAGGACCCUCUUGGGACCUUGCAGUACACCCAGGACAUUACAGCACCCUCUGGGGACCUUACAGCACCCUUUGGGGACCACAGCACCUCUCGGGACUUUACAGCACCCUCCGGGGACCUUACAGCACCCUCUGGGGACCUUACAGUACAUCCAGGAUGUUACAGGACCUCUGGGGACAACACAUCCAGGAUGUUACAGGACCCUCUGGGGACCUACAGUACAUCCAGGAUGUUACGAGCCCUGGGACCUUAA